UGUCUACGAUGGCGAGGAGCACGGGCGCUUCAUGGAAAAGCUUGAUGCUCGGAUUCGGAACCAUGACCGUGAGAUCGAGAAGAUGUGCAACUUCCAUUACCAGGGCUUCGUGGAUGCAAUCACAGAAUUCCUGAAGGUCCGGGCAGAAGCCCAGAAACUUAAGAAUCAAGUGACAGAUACCAACAGAAAACUGCAGGUGGAAAGCAAGAAACUGGUGGGGGCGAUGGAAGAGCUGAAGCAGUGCCGGCUGCAGCAGCGGAACAUCUCUGCCACCGUGGAUAAGCUUGCCCAGUGCCUUCCCGUUCUGGAGAUGGAGAGCAAGUUACGAGAGCAGAUGAAAUCGAAAAGGCACUACCCUGCGCUGAAGACCUUGGAGCACCUCGAACACACCUUCCUGCCGCAAGUGAGCCAUUAUCGCUUCUGCAAGGUAAUGGUGGACAACAUUCCGAAACUGCGGGAGGAGAUCAAGGAUGUUUCCAUGUCGGACCUCAAAGAUUUCCUGGAGAGCAUCCGCAAGCACUCGGACAAGAUCGGUGAGACGGCGAUGAAGCAGGCCCAGCACCAGAGGAACCUGGACAGCAUCGUCGCCCAGCGCACCGGAGCGGCCUGCGGGAGAGCCAGGAAGGAGGCUCGGGCGAGCGCAGACCCGGGGGCCAAAGCUACCCGCCCGGCCUCUGGGCAGGAUUCUGGGAUCUUGGAGGCCGAAGAGGAGGAGGAGGUGCCUGGUGCCCAGGACCUGGUGGAUUUUUCACCCGUGUACCGCUGCUUGCACAUCUAUUCGGUGCUGGGAGCCCGAGAGACCUUCGAGAACUACUACCGGAAGCAGAGAAGGAAGCAGGCCCGGCUGGUGCUGCAGCCCCCCUCCAACAUGCACGAGACCCUGGGCGGCUAUCGCAAGUACUUCAGUCAGAUCGUCGGCUUCUUCGUCAUCGAGGACCACGUCCUGCACACGAGCCAGGGCCUGGUGGACAGGGCCUACAUCGACGAGCUGUGGGACAUGGCGCUGUCGAAGGCCAUCGCUGCGCUGCGGACGCACUCGUCCUACUGCUCCGACCCCGACCUGGUCCUGGACCUGAAGAACCUCAUCGUGCUCUUCGCCGACACGCUCCAGGGCUACGGCUUCCCUGUCAACCAGCUCUUUGACUUGCUGCUGGAGAUCCGGGACCAGUACAGCGAGACCCUGCUGAAGAAGUGGGCCGGGACCUUCAGAAAUAUUCUCGACUCGGAUAACUAUGCUCCCAUCCCGGUGGCCAGCGAAGAGCUGCAUCAGAAAAUAGUGGGGCAGUUCCCUUUCCAUGAUGCAGAGCUUGAAAAGCAGCCGUUCCCGAGGAAGCUGCCCUUCUCUGAGUUCGUGCCUCGAGUUUAUCACGAGAUCAAGGAGUUCAUCCACGCCUGCCUGAGGUUCUCCGAGGACCUUCACCUGAGCUCUACCGAGGUUGAUGACAUGAUCCGGAAAUCUACCAACUUGCUACUGACCCGAACGCUGAGCAACUGUUUACAGAAUGUCAUUAAGCGGAGAAACAUCGGCCUGGCGGAGCUGGUCCAGAUCAUCAUCAACGCCACGCACCUGGAGCAGUCCUGCAGGUUCCUCGAGGCGUUCAUCACCAGCAUCACCGACGUCCUUCCAGAAACCGUCCACACAACCAAGUUGUAUGGGACCACCACCUUCAAGGAUGCCCGCCACACUGCCGAGGAGGAGAUCUACACGAACCUGAACCAGAAGAUAGAUCAGUUCCUGCAGCUCGCGGAUUACGACUGGAUGGCCCUGGAGGCCAGCGCCAAGGCCAGCGACUACCUGCUGGACCUCAUCGCCUUCCUGCGCAGCACCUUCGCGGUCUUCACGCACCUGCCGGGCAAGGUGGCUCAGACGGCCUGCAUGUCUGCCUGCAAGCACUUGUCUACCUCACUGAUGCAGCUGCUCCUGGAAGCCGAAGUGCGGCAGCUCUCGCUGGGGGCCUUGCAGCAGUUCAACCUGGAUGUGGCAGAGUGCGAACAGUUUGCCAGAUCCGGGCCAGUGCGUGGGUUCCAGGGGGACACGCUGCAGUUGGCCUUCAUCGACUUGAGACAACUCUUAGACUUGUUUCUCCAAUGGGACUGGUCGACGUACCUGGCCGACUACGGACAACCGACCUGCAAGUAUCUCCGCGUGAACCCGACCACAGCGCUGAUCCUGCUGGAAAAGAUGAAGGACACGAGCCGGAAGAACAACGUCUUUGCGCAGUUCCGGAAGAAUGAGCGGGACAAGCAGAAGCUGAUCGAGGCGGUGGCCAGGCAGCUGCGGGGCCUCAUCAACAGCCACCACUCGUGAGCAGGGGCCGCCGGCCGCCGCGGGGA